AUGCCGAUCUAUGAAAUAUUCGGUACGCCAACGCCCGCGAAGAAUAUGUCAUUUGAAAUACAUAAUUUACCUCGAUUUAUUAGAAUUGAUUAUAAAAGAAACACAUCGUUAGCCUGGUAUCAGGAUGAUAACAAUAUUAAAAAUUGUUUCUUUGGAAAAAUCACGUUGUGUCAUGUAUUACCAGUCAUAGUACGUACAAUCGAACAUCCAUGUUUACACAAUAUGUUUGCUCAUGAAGAAGAGAAGAAAAAAAGUUUAUUUAUUGAAUCGUCUAUGAAACCACCGUUCUUACGAAAUAUGCAUGAUAGUACUUGGAUGAUAUCCGUGGCAGAAGAUAUUUACUGUAUUACCUAA